AUGGACGAGGACGAGGAUACAGUCAUGGGUGAUUCCCAUACCCUCUCCACCUUGACUGCAAACCCAUCUUUCACUGGAGUCCCCCUCCCCACACAUCUCAGCAAUCACCCCACCCCCAGUCUUGCUCCUUCUUCCAUCCCCCAAGCGGCUUCUGCGUCCCUAUCACCCGGCUCUGAGCAAUCUCAACCUCGGGAGGCCACAGCCUCCACUGGAAUGGCCCCUCCUGAACGUUUCACCAAGACAAGUGACGGUGAUAGUUCCGCUGCUGAACAGUUGCUAAAACGUGAUAGCCUGAUUGAGCCUGAGUCUGACUGGUCUGACGACGAGGUCAUGGCUAAAGCGGGUCUUCCACUGGCAUCGCUUGCCACAGGACUUUGUUAUGAUCAUCGCAUGCGUUACCACUGUGAGGUUCGUCCACAGAGUGACGUUCAUCCAGAGGAUCCCAGACGCAUAUACUACAUCUACAAGGAGCUAUGUCGCGCCGGUCUUGUUGAUGACCCAGAAUCGUCUCGACCUUUGGCGCCCAAGACCUUGGAACGGAUCAACGCCCGCAAUGCAACCGAGGAGGAAGUUACCCUCAUCCAUAAGGAUGCCCACUACGCAUUUGUUCGAAGCACGAAAGAUAUGCCCAACGAGGUGCUUAUUCAGCUGGAAAAAGAUCGCGACUCCAUCUAUUUUAACAAUCUGACCUUCGAUUCGGCCCUUUUGUCUACUGGAGGCGCAAUCGAAACGUGCUUGGCCGUCGCCCAGCGUCAGGUGAGAAAUGCCAUAGCCGUCAUUCGCCCACCCGGUCACCAUGCUGAGGAUGAUGCCGCGAUGGGAUUCUGUCUAUUUAACAAUGUGUGUGUUGCAGCACGCGUUUGUCAAAAUACACUAGGAGACGCGUGCCGGAAGAUCAUGAUUCUUGACUGGGAUGUUCACCACGGCAACGGCAUCCAGAAAGCAUUUUACGAUGACCCUAAUGUUCUUUACAUUUCCGUGCAUGUAUACCAGGACGGUCGCUUCUACCCUGGAGGCCCCGAGGGAGACUGGAAUCACUGUGGCUCAGGCGCCGGAGUCGGAAAAAAUGUCAAUAUUCCAUGGCCCGACCAGGGUAUGGGCGAUGGCGACUACAUGUUCGCCUUCCAGGAAGUGGUGAUGCCCAUCGCCCAAGAAUUCGAUCCCGACUUGGUGAUUAUCGCUGCUGGGUUUGAUGCUGCCGCUGGUGAUGUACUGGGUGGCUGCUUUGUCUCUCCGGCUUGCUAUGCCCAAAUGACCCACAUGCUCAUGACUUUGGCCAAUGGAAAGGUCGCUGUCUGCUUGGAGGGUGGAUACAACUUCAAGUCUAUCUCGAAGUCGGCUCUGUCUGUGACCAAGACCCUUAUGGGCGAACCUCCGGACCGUUUGCUUAGCAGUUCUCCGACUGACUCUGCGGUGGCAGCGGUCCGCCGGGUGAGGAGCAUCCAGUCCCAGUAUUGGAGUCGCCUGUACCCCAAGACAUCUGAUCACCCGGUCUACGCGAAUCGCCUUCACGAUAUCCUCCGCGUUCACCAGUCGAACCAGCUAUAUGAAAGCUGCAAGCUCACCCCGCUACACAUUUAUCGCACCGCCAUUUCCAAGUCAUUUGACAAGCAAGUUCUGGCAAGCACGAACUAUCACCAACGUGUGCCGCUUAUUGUCAUCUUCCACGAUCCACCUGAGAUUGUGGGACAGCCUCAUCCCGUGACCAAUAAGUUGGAAGCGCACAACGUUUGGCUCGCUGAUUCACUCACGGAGUAUGUUAAAUGGAUCGUGGGUAAGGGCUACGCAGUGAUCGAUGUCAACAUUCCCAAGCAUGUAUCUCGGGAAGCGGAUGCCGGCCGUUACGAGCCAGAUGACGAGGACCGCCCGUCUGCGACUGAAGAGCUUGCCGGAUACUUGUGGGACAACUACAUUGAUGCGAACCAGGCAACCGACAUUUUCCUGCUCGGCGUCGGCAACGCUUUCAUCGGCGUGGCGAACUUGUUGGUGAACAGGGAAAACCUUUACAAGCGUGUCAACGGCGUGGUCUCCUUCGUGUCUGUGCACCCGGUCCGCGCGAUCGCAUCCCACACGCAGACGUGGCUAUCGAAGUGGUAUCGCGAGAACUCCCUUGUGUUUGUUUCAAACUCCCACGGUGUUUGGGGUGACCCAGCCCGACGGCUUUCCAAGCGCUACGGACAGCUGGUUCAUUCCCCGAAAUCGGAUCUGAACGAGAUGCUUGACCAGCAUAAGGAGGAAGUGUACAAGUGGAUCUCCGAGCGUGCUGACCGGACAGAGGAGGACUCGGAUGAAGAUUCUUGA